AUGUCAUGGCACGGGCUCCUGGAGAGGAGCCUUACGCUGCCAAAUGACACUCGCGUUGGGUCUGGUCGCGAUGGAUCCAGCGGUGGUACUUUGAGUACAGCAAAUGGAAACAAGACCGCCUCUCUGUCUAAACUUGGUGCUACCUUUGCCCCCAUCGCGAUAUACCUGACCCUAUGCUUGCUUUCGUUCAUCCUGUUGCGGCCUCGAUGCAAGCGGGUUUAUGCGCCGAAAACUAUUCCUAGCCUUCGAUACCCAGAAAAACCCACCCCUGAGCUGCCCUCUGGCCUAUUCAACUGGAUCAAGCCCUUUUACCAGAUCCCAGAUACCUAUCUUCUCAACUAUGGCUCCCUCGACGCCUACUUUUUCCUUCGCUACCUCAAAGUCCUGCGGAAUGUUAGUCUUGUUGGCUGCUGCAUCGUAUGGCCAAUCCUCUUUCCAAUACAUGGCACAGGCGGCAACGAUCUCACUCAGCUCGAACUCUUGACGAUUGGUAAUGUCAUCACCGGAUCAGCAAAGCUAUGGGCCCAUGCUAUAGUUGCCUGGUUAUUCUUUGGGUUUACUCUAUUUACAAUUGUUCGAGAGUGCAUCUACUUCGUUAGCCUGCGACAGGCAUACCUUUCGUCGCCCUAUUAUGCUGAUCGAUUAUCGUCCAAGACAAUGCUCUUGCUUUGUGUGCCGAAGCCUUACCGUGAUGAAGCUAGACUUCGAAAGCUCUAUGGCGAUUCCGCGAAGCGAAUUUUCAUCCCACGCACGACCAAAGAACUUGCGAAUUUGGUCAAAGAAAGGGAGGAAACUGCCCUGCGACUAGAGAAAGCCGAGAUCGCUUUAAUCAAGAAGGCUAAUGCUGCCCGCAAUAAGUACUAUUGCAAAAACCCACAGUCUGCUGGCCUGCGGCGCUGGUUCACAACAGGGCGUGCAAUUCAAACUCUGAAUGAUCAAAAUACUGAAAAUGGGAAAGAUAUGUCCUCACACAACGAGAUGACCACUAUAGACAGUGGUGAGACUGUUCGACAGUCUAAUGAGCCGCGGGAAGCGGUAUUACCUGAUAUUCAAUUUCUGCCGGAGAUCGAACUUCAAGACAACGUCAACGACGCCGAAGGAGGCAAAAACAUUCCUACUCAGGAAGAAGAGGAGAUCAAAGCUGAGGAUUUGGAUUAUGUUCAUCCUUACGGCUUGAGACCCGACCUGGCGGACGUUAGAGGCUCUGUCGCGGCCCAAUGGAUACCGGCUGAAGACAGACCACACCAUCGACCCAUCGGUAAUUUCGGUCGUCGAGUCGAUACAAUUCGGUGGACUCGCAACAGACUCAAGGAGCUUAAUAAAGAAAUCUUUCAAUUACGACGUCGAAUCCGGAGAGGCGAAGCCGACCCUCUGCCCGCCGCUUUCAUAGAAUUUGAUACCCAGGAGGCUGCUCAUGCUGCGCAGCAAGUUGUGGUGCAUCAUUUGCCAUUACAGAUGGCUCCCGGGCUGCUUGGAAUUCGCCCAGAGGAGGUUAUAUGGGAAUCGCUCAGGAUGAAAUGGUGGGAACGCAUCAUUCGGCGUCUCUUGAUUCUUUGUGGCAUUACUGCCGCCAUCAUAUUUUGGUCGAUUCCUGCGGCCUUUGUCGGCCUUGUUUCCAACAUUGAUUACCUGACUAAAGAAGUCCCGUUUCUUCAUUGGGUCAACGAUUUACCCAGUUUUGUGAAAGGUGUUAUUGGUGGUUUUCUCCCGCCUUUUGCUUUAUCUGUACUUAUGGCGCUGGUGCCGAUCAUCUUGAGAAUUUGCGCUGCGCAAUCUGGAAUUCCAUCUCUCGUUAUUGGAGAGCUCUUCACGCAAAAUGCAUAUUUUGCGUUUCAAGUCGUUCAGGUGUUUUUGGUCACAACCAUCACUUCAGCUGCAUCGGGAGCACUUCAAAGCAUUAUCGAAAAUCCCCUUGGUAUCCAGUCGCUUCUCGCACAGAAUCUGCCUAAAGCAUCUAAUUUCUACCUGUCAUAUAUUUUGAUCCAGUGCUUGGCUACUGGCGGAACUGGCAUCCUGCAGGCGUUUUCACUGAUUCGCCAUCAAAUUGUAGCGAAAACUUCCGAUGUACCAAGGACACGCUUCAAAACUUGGCACAAGCUUCGACCAGCUCGUUGGGGUGGCAUAUUUCCCGUGUUCACGAACAUGGGUGUAAUUGCACUUUCAUAUGCCUGCAUUGCGCCCUUGAUUCUUGUCUUUUGCGCUGGGGGUAUGGCGUUUAUGGGAUUGGUUUGGAAAUACAACUUGAUCUAUGUUUUCGAUACAUCGACGGAUAGUAAAGGCCUCUUCUAUCCACGUGCACUGCAACAACUGAUUAUCGGCCUUUACCUGGCACAAAUAUGCCUGAUUGGCCUAUUGAUUCUAAAUAAGGCGUACGGACCCAUGGGGUUGGUCAUUGCUCUUCUGCUUUUCACGGGACUCAUUCAUUUCCUGCUGAGAGACGCCAUAUCGCGCCUCAUGUGGAAUCUGCCACAAACACUGGCACUGGAAGAGCAGAUCCAAGAAGAGGAAAAAAUAAAGCUCGCCGCUAACAACGACAGUGGAGAAGCGAAUGGAAAUGAUGCUGGUGGUGCAGCUGCUAGCUACUUUGAUGUGGAACAAGCAUUUGGCGACGAAGAAGAAGAGGCUGAAUUAGAGGACACUGACGAAGACGAUCACCAUGUGGUCUCUAAUCGGGGUCUUGAAGGCGCUGGCAACAUCCGAAUGGCUCUGACGGCUUGGGUGAAAUCUGCUGCUAUAGAAAAAUUCAAGACCGAGGCAGACAAAUAUGGCAUUAACGAAUAUCUAAGAAGAGCAUUUGCUUUUCUUAGAAAUGGAGAUGGAGAAGAGCCUCCAGGAUUUCUUAUAAGGUGGCUGCACCCAGAGGAGCACGAAGACUUUGUGGCAUUACGCAAGCUGCUUCCACAGGAAGAACGACCGCCGAUUGCGUACAAAGAAGGAGAUAAACGUGCUACAUAUGAGCCUCCGGAACUUUGGCUACCGAAGCCAACUCUGUGGAUCCCAAGAGACGAGGCGAGGGUGAGCAGACAGGAGGUGGCACACACUCGGCUUUCCACGCCGAUAUCUGAUCUUGGCGCAGAAUUGAGCAAAUCCGGGCGGAUUGUUAUUGAUAACAUUGAUGCGGCUCCAUUUGAGGAGCAUAGACUGCUAUUAUAG